UGAGUGACGACUUGUGACGGCUCUAAAAGUCUGAACGAAGAUCCAAAUGUAUUACCUAUUUUAAUUUGUCAUUGCAUGAUUUGUGUUGAUAAAUUCCAAUAUAUACAUUUCUUAAUAACCGCGUGAAUAUUGUUUUAAAAUAAGUAAUAAUAUAUUCUUGUGUGAAUAAAUUGUGUCUUACAAUUUAAUAAUUAUUUCAAAUUUUGCUGUUAUUUUUUAUAAUUUAAAUACAAGUACCUGAGAAAUCAUCUUAGCAAUAAAGAAAUGGGGAUGAAAAGUUCAUGAUGAAACUCUAUCCCACCGGGCAUUCAGGUUUAAAUGGCUAUUUUAUGAUGUACCUGUCGAAAUGGAAACGGGUUGCCGUCCUACUGCUGUUCAUAUGGAUUGCUGUCACGUAUCUCGUGAUAUCACCACUGAGAUGCGACGGCAACACAGAUGAGACUUCCGACUUUCAAGAUAGAUUAAAAGCGGUCACCCUUCAGCUGGAAUCGUUGAAGAAACAACACAGUAACCUUAUCGCACAGAUAAAAAAAUCGUCGGGACUUAACGUAAAUCUGAACGAUAUUGAAACAUCAGCGUUCCUCCACAAUGGUGGGGGUCCGACAGAAGAAUACGAGAAUCUCAGACGAAGAAUAUAUUCGAAUACAAAGGAGAUAUGGUACUUUAUCAACCACGAGCUGACGAAACUAGUCAAAGAUGAUGUCCAAUCGGAAAAGUUGCAGGCGAUUUUAGACCAAGCUGCUGACAGGAAAAGAUCAUUGCUAUCGGAUCAACAGAAGCUCCCGGAACUGGAUGGGUACCACGAAUGGAGGAGGACAGAAGCGGCGAAUGUCAGCGACCUCGUACAAAGAAGACUCAAGUAUUUGCAAAACCCAGCGGAUUGCAGGGAGUCCAGGAAGGUCAUCUGCAAUUUGAAUAAGGGUUGCGGGUUCGGUUGUCAGCUCCAUCACAUAGUGUAUUGUCUGAUAUUCGCAUACGCUACUGAGAGGACCUUGAUACUGAACUCGAAGGGUUGGAGGUACAACAAUAAGGGCUGGGAGUACGUUUUCCAUCCCAUAUCAGAUAGUUGUACUUCAACGUAUGACGAUAAAGUAGUUCAGUGGCCAGCUUCGUAUGACGCAAAAGUAGUGUCGUUACCUUUUAUCGACUCGAUAUCUCAGAAACCGAAGUUCUUACCACUCGCUAUACCAUCUGAUUUAGCACACAGGAUAGUUCGUUUCAACGGUGAUCCGUCUUCGUGGUGGAUCGGUCAAAUGCUUAAAUAUGUGCUGAAGCCAAGGGCCGGUAUGCAGAAAGCGAUCAAUGAAACAAUAGCCAAGAUGAAUUUCAAAAAACCUAUUGUGGGUGUUCACAUAAGGAGAACUGAUAAAGUGGGCACUGAAGCGGCUUUCCACCACAUCGACGAAUAUAUGCUACACGUGAAGGACUACUACGACCAGCUAGAACUAACCCAGCACGUCGACAAGAAGAGAGUGUACCUAGCCACGGACGACGCCAAUGUGCUGGAGGACGCCCGCAACAAGUACCCGCAGUUCGAGUUCCUGGGCGACCCGUCCAUCGCCAAGACGGCGGCCACGCACCGCCGCUACACGCCGCUGUCGCUCACCGGCCUGCUCGUCGACCUGCACCUGCUGGCGCUCUGCGACUACCUCGUGUGCACCUUCAGCAGCCAGGUGGGUCGUGUCGCGUACGAGAUGAUGCAAACCAACCGCGUGGACGCGUCGGACAGCUUCUACUCCCUGGACGACAUCUACUACUUCGGCGGGCAGAACGCGCACGACAGGCGGGCGGUCAUGGCGCACAACGCCAGAGGGAAUCAGGAAAUAUCUGUUCAGGUUGGAGACUUAAUUGGCAUAGCUGGUAACCACUGGAAUGGUUUCGGUAGAGGAACGAACAAGCGGACGAAUGUGAACGGUCUGAUACCUUGGUACAAGACAGCAGACCACCUCGUGCUGUACUCAUUCCCAGAUUACAAACACGUGCCGCAGUACCCGGACACGCGACAGAAAGACUUAUGAAGCAACUGAUUGCACUGCUUAGCCGAAUUAUAACGCUAGACUUUAGUUGAUAUUAAGCCUUGUGAUCUUAAUGUUACGGUUCAAAUUCGUUUACACUAUGUAUGUUUGAGUUGUUGCACUUAGCUUAGACGAUAUUCGACUUUAUCUUAUAUGGUUUAAGGUUCAAAGUUUGAUUGCAUUUAAUUGAAUUUAUGCACAAGACAGCAUUGACGAUUAUUCAAUAGGGUUUCUAUUCUCACCGUUGACCAAAAACCGUUUGUGAUAGAUCGGUAGUGCCAAUUAUAAAUCGAGCUAUAUAAACUGUCAUUAAAAUAUGUUUGUUUGUUUGUGAAAGAAAAUUUUCAAUUGAUUUGUGUAUAUUGUUAAUGUUGAAAAAUUAAAAAAAACAUUAAAGAUAUAUUAUUAUAUAUAUUAUUACUGCUAUUUAUUGAUUGUAAUAGAAUUUGUUCAACAACAAUGGCGUGUAAGUCACAAAUUUAUUAUAUUGAAUCUUUAAAAUGAUAUAUUUUUAGUACAUUUUGAAAUCUGAACUUUGUUUUUUUUUUUUUUGAAAACUCAUGUUUGGAUUCUUGUAAUUUAAUUUUGUAUAUAUAUAUUAUAUAAUUUAUAUUGUAACGUUUUCGAACAGCAGAUACUGGUGAAAUUCAAGAAAAAUAUGAUACCAGAUAAACAUUUAUUUAGCGGCUAAUUAGUUAAAUACUGAUUUCGUUCUGUCAAUAUUGAUUUGACACUCGAAAGAAAAAUACAUCACUGUUUAACUAAUCACCCGUUGAACAAAGUUUAUAAGACCGUUAUAUUUGAAAUAGAUUAUGUUAUAAAAACACAAUAAAAGAAAAAAAAACUAAUAUAAUAGCGAACCCGAGUAGUGCUUGUAUAUAUAUAUAUACAUAUAUAUUACAAAAAUGUACUGAGAUUAUUUAAUUGCUGCAUAGUAUGAGAUCUUUCUCAAAGCCCCUAGCAUUAUCAUUUAUAAUAUUUAUUUAAAAUAUCGUGCCUAAAUAUAGAUUAAUUUAAUAUAUUUUUUUAAACAUUCUGAUUGCAAUCGUAAUUAUUUAAUAAUAUACUCGAUUUGUUUAUUGAACUUUACGGAUAUAUAAAUGAUUGUGUAUCGAAAUUACAGUUAAAAUGAUAUGGGUUCCGUAGUGAAAUGAGAAUUUGAACAUGACAUACCAUCUCAGUUCUCUACGUUUGUGGCGCAUUGGCGAUAUAAGGGAUAGUUAUUUCUUAAAUUUUUAUACAAAAAAAAAUAAUUGUAAAAUCCAUUAUAAAGUAUCAAAGAGGUUCGAAUCUUCUAGUAUUUUUAAAUAACAUUAAGUUCAUUUUUUGCGUGUUUUAAAUUAUCAUACGGAAACCCUGUCAACUAAAAGGCCUAUCACGAUUUGUUUUUAAUUAUUAUUUAUAAUAUAUAGGCCUAAAAGUUACUUAAAGCUUCUUAUCAUUCCCCAUAUCUUGGUAAAGGACUAUCGUUUGUAGAAGUUUUUAAAUUAAAUGUAUAAGGUUCCUUAAAUAUUUUGUUUACUCAAAAGCAUAUUAUUAACCUUUAUAUACGUAUGUAACAAUCUAUACAAUGAGUUAUGAGUUUUUAUUUUUACUCAACUACGACGCACUGAAAGAGGGUUAUGCUUUAUUUUUUUGUGUUUAAUAGCAAAAUUUAAUUUGUCAUCAAUAAUUCUGUGGCUCGAUACUGAAAUGUUGAAAUUAGAAGCAAUGAACAAAUGGUGGUUUGUUUGUUUGUUUGUACUAAUAAUAAUAAGCUCAUUGUAGCAAUUUUUUUAAACGAUUUGGUAAAUUGCAAAUUGAGGUUUUAUGCGGUUUUCUCAAUAAUGUACUUUGGUCCUUUUAGCACUGAGCCACAGAGUUUUGACGAGUUGUAAUCGAUUUCGUCGUAUACAUUAGAUAUUAUCAGAUUUCAGCUUAUUUGUAACAUAAUAUUCUUAAUAAAUACUUAACCUUCAUGCGUAUUUGUAAUGAGUCUUUUAAUUAUUUUUUUGUAUUGUCAUAGUAUUAAGAAUCGCGUUGGCAAUUUGUAUUCGAUUGAUAACAUUUUAUUCGGUAUUCGAUGAAGCUUUCGAUGUUCGAUUUUAGAUAAUUUUACUCGAUUAGUAUAAUCGUAUUGAUAAAUCGGCAUAAUUAUUUUAAUUAAUUAUCUGUAAUGCGCUGAGCGAAUAAAUAUUCGGACGUAUUGUUACGUUUUACAAUUUUUAAAUAAAAAAAUUAUGAUAAAUAAGCAUUUUAUGAGCGAGUUAUUUUUAAUAACUCGAAUUAUUUUUUAACAGUACGAUGGUGUGUUUGAUAUUCAUUCGGAUUUUAGUGCACGAAAAAGGAGGGCUUUAAAAAGUUCUCGAACGUACUCAAAUUACGAUUAAAUAUGGUGAUUUUAACGUCGUAUUUAUUGAGAUUGAAAAUUGUUAGUUUAUAAAUGAAAUAUGUUAAAUAUUGUUGCAGUUGUGUAAAAAACUCUCAUUACGUUUUACUUAGGUUUACAAAUUGAUAGCCUUACUUAUAAACAUCGCUUAGCGGCUGUUUAGUUAAACACAUAUUUUCUCUCUUUCUGUCGUUAUUGAUUUGACAUUCGAAAGAAGAAGACAGCGUUGUGUAACUAAUCAUCCGCUUAACAACAUAAGUAUUGCUGUGAAUUUUUGAAUAAUGUUACUUCAAUACACGAAACAAGGUGAGUUGGUGGUCUGAUAGAGAAAUUGGUUAUGGGUUACUAGGAAUUAGGUAUAUUAAAGUUUUAAUGCAUUUAAUGUAACGCUAGAAAAAAAAAACUAAUCUCAUUUUUCAUAUUGAUCUGAUUUUUUCUAACGAAUUGAAUUAUAUUUAUUUUAUUUUUUAUUUUCUCUAAUGUCUCAAAUUGGAUUGAUAUAUUUAUUUUUAGUGUUUUUUAUUUUAUUUUAGAAAUUAUUUUUAUAAUUCUCAUUCUCAUUUGGUCACAAAACUUUACUACUACAAAUGUGUGUCAAAAUGUUUAAGAAAAUUUAAGUUUUUUUUUUGAAAAUGAUCGUGGUUCAGUACUCUAGAUAAGAAAUCGUGCUACCGUACAAAUUAAGCCUUAUUCCAAGACCAAUUAUAACAUUUAAACAUAUAUUCACGUAACAUCUAUCUUUAUUCGUUCGUAAUAAAGUUUGUAUUCGCGUAGCAAUUUAUUGUAAGGCUGGGAGUACUGCUUAUGCAAAGACUUAUUUGAUUGUCUAAACAUUCCUUAUUAAUUACGAAUUUUAUUCUAAAUGUCUGAAGUUAAUUUUUUAUUAUGUAUGAACAAAUUGAUGACGGGCUGGUUGGCGUGGUUCUACCAUUGCUUGAUUGGUUGACUUUCCUUUCAUGCCGAAGGUUGUGGGUUGGUCCCACCCAGGGCAGACAUUUGUGUGCAUGAACAUGUUUAUUUGUCCUGAGAAUGGGUGUAAUUAUCUAUAUAAGUAUGUAUUUACAAACGAAAAAAUAGUAUAUGUAGUAUAUCAGUUGUCUGGUUUCCAUAGUACAAGCUCUGCUUAGUUUGGGAUCAGAUGGCCGUGUGUGAAUACUGUCCCAGGAUAUUAUUAAAUGUUAUUCCUGAUUAUAAAUUGUUAAUUUGAUAGCUUAUGUCGUAUGUGUGGCUUAAUAUAUUUCGCAGAGUAUUAUUCUGACGAGUACUUUGCUUCGGUUUCGCUUGAGAUCAAUUAUUACCUCUAUUAUCUUAUAUCAUAUCAGACAACAUAUUUUUUUUUUGUUUAUAAAUAAAAAUCUCUUGAUUACGUAAUUUUUUUCACAUCAUGUAUUAUCAGCAAGAUAUAUAUGAUGAUGAUUUAUUAUUAAUAUCAUCGAUAUAAAAUAUUAUGUAUUAUUUUUAAUGAUUAUAUAAAGUGUUUCAUCACAAUGAAUAUUUUUAUACAAUUUUCACAAAUGUAUGAUUAUUUUUUCGACACAGAAUAUUCUGUUUAUAUUUAGUAUUAUUUAUAUUAUAUACGUUUGUGUUCUCCCAGCCGUUAUCGUGUUUACAAUUUAUUGUAUGUUCGUAUUCGAAGCUUUUGAACGUUAUCAUAAAUAUUUUAAUAUGGACCUAAACUGUGUGUAUAUAGCUUUAGUGUAUAUAAUAAAGUAAUAUAAAUAAUAAUUAAAUAAAUACUUUGAAAUACAUAA